AUGCCGGAGUUUGACGACGACGGCGGGGACACGCCAAGCGGCGAUGAGGCCUCCGCGUCCAUCACCAUGAGCGGCGUCUCGCAAAACAUCUUCGCCGUGUUGGCUGUGCUGCUCGGCACCUUUGCGGCCCCGCAGCGGCUGAAGGUGCUGCGUCCUAUCUGCGAGCGGUGGAGGGUCAGCGUGCCGCGCGCUGCAGCAGCGACGCGUGAGGAGGACGCCUGCCGCGUGGCGAUGGGGCGGCUGGCGGCGAAAAUGAGCUACGUGAUGGAGAAAAGCGCCAAUAAACCUUCGCUUGAAGGCGGACGACGUAAAACGUCUCUGCCGCUCAUGCCCUUCUUUUACGGUGACGAUGAGCUGCACGUACUCAACGCCGCUGUUGGGGGAGAUGAGAGUCUCGGGGGGCAUCGGCCACACAACAUUUCGGCUACGGCGCCUUCGCCUGCAACGGAGGAAGUGCAUUCUUGGAUAGAGGAGCCGGUUAUCACCAUCCAAGUUCGUCGGCGCGUGUAG